GUAGUAGCCCACUCCUAGGAGACCAUGAAUUGAUCACCCCCUGCCCUAGGACAAAUCACCUCCCAUUUGGAAAACCAGGAGAGAAGGUCACGUGGCCUAUCCUACGGCAACACUCCUCCCCCGUGUCUGUCAUGUGAUGCUCCUGCUUCCCUAGUCUGGCGCCUCCCUGCCAAAGGUGCUCGGGAGGGAAAGGAACUGGAAGAUCAGUCUGAGAGUCCAUCGGGCAAGCACCGAGGCGGCGGGAGCAGCAGCAGGAGCAGGAGCAGGAAGUCCGGCUGUUGCCACCAUGAACGCGGGCGGCUCGGAAGCGGUGGUGCUUGUUUCUGCUGCAAGAACCCCUGUCGGCUCCUUUAAUGGUGCCCUGUCCACAUUGCAUGCCCAUGAACUGGGCUCUGUUGUCAUUAAAGAAGUACUGAAGAGGGCAAAUGUCAAUCCGGAAGAAGUGUCUGAGGUGAUAUUUGGACAAGUCUUGACAGCAGGUGCUGGUCAGAAUCCUGUACGGCAGGCCGGUGUUGGUGCAGGAAUCCCAUAUGCUGUACCAGCUUGGAGCUGUCAGAUGAUAUGUGGCUCAGGCCUGAAAGCAGUAUGCUUGGGGGCUCAGUCCAUAUUGACAGGAGAUUCCAGCAUUGUGGUGGCAGGAGGCAUGGAAAGCAUGAGCAAGGCUCCUCACUUAGUUCAUAUGCGAGCUGGAUUGAAAAUGGGGGAGGCCUCAUUGCAGGAUAGUAUCAUCUGUGAUGGUCUUACAGAUGCAUUUUACAAGUAUCACAUGGGUAUAACAGCUGAAAAUGUGGCCAAGCAAUGGCAAGUUAGCAGAAGGGAACAAGACCAACUUGCUGUACAGUCACAGAACAAGGCAGAGAGUGCACAGAAAGCUGGCUACUUUGAUAAAGAGAUUGUUCCUGUUCUUGUGCCUUCUAGGAAAGGUCCUGUAGAAGUUAAAACUGAUGAGCAUCCUCGCCAUGGAAUCACCUUGGAAACAGUAGCGAAGUUAAAGCCUUGUUUUCUGACCGAUGGAACUGGGACAGUAACUGCAGCUAAUGCCUCAGGUGUGAAUGAUGGGGCUGCAGCUGUCAUUCUUAUGAAGGAGUCGGAAGCUGCUAGAAGAGGUCUUACACCUUUGGCACAAAUUGUGUCUUGGGCUCAAGUGGGUUUAGACCCUUCCAUCAUGGGAGUAGGACCUAUCUCAGCAAUAAAGAAAGCUGUUGAUAAAGCAGGUUGGACGAUGGACGAAGUUGACUUGUUUGAAAUUAAUGAAGCCUAUACAUCACUAGCUGCAGUAAUAGCUAAAGAACUGAAAUUGAAUCCAGAGAAGGUUAACAUUGAAGGUGGGGCUGUUGCCCUUGGUCAUCCUCUGGGUGCCUCUGGUUGUCGUAUUCUUGUUACUCUUCUGUAUGCACUGGAACGAACAGCUGGAAAACGUGGUGUUGCUGCUCUUUGUAUAGGAGGGGGGAUGGGAAUAGCUAUGUGCAUUGAAAAAUGAAGUUCUUUUCUCACUGCUAAUGUAUAGCAAUUUAUAGAAUGGUUUCAGCUUACUAAUAAAACUAUGGUAUUAACUAAA